AUAACACGCAAGCAUGACUGUUGCCGCUUCAAAGCGAUAAUGCCGUCGAGAGAAAAACUGAGACAGUAGUCACAUCCAUUGCGCUCAUAAUAAUAUGCCAUUGAUGCGUAUUUAGUUAGGUAGCGUAAAAUGGGAAACGGUGCGAGCAUACACCAGACGCAGCCGCGCCCGCCCGAAUGGUGGCUUGAAUACUGUCGGCAAGCUUGGCGAUCGCUAAGGACAAGGCAGCUCGAUGAAUUCUUAGGCCUCCAACGUCCAGCGCUGAAGCGUGGUCAGUCCUCGGCUAACCUCGAUGAGCUAGUCAAGAAGCUUACGCAGGAGCCCAUCCCGUUACUCGGAGAUGCGGAGGACACAAGUGACCUCACGUCGGCGAUCGCUAAGCUUAAUAGCGGUUCAAUUCUGCACACGGAGAAGCGUGCCAUUGAGCGCCUACUUGCCCAGCGAUAUGAGGAGGCCUUGGCGGCCGCAGCAGCAGCGGAGCAGGAGCCGGAGGUGCUGGGUGGUGGCUCAGAUAUCCUGCGGCAGGUGCUGUACGUCUUCCGCUCCAACAACCUGGCCACGGAGCUGGACCGUAGCGUGCAGCAGCAGCCGGCGGACUGGCGAGUGCGCACACACAAAGCGCGGCGGCGGGCCUUCCUGGUGGUGCGGUCGCUGGUGCGGCUGAAGCGCGAGGUGAAGAGGCUGGGCACGCCUUUUCACGACCUGGGCUGGCUGAUGCCGGUGGCGGCACAGGAGCGGUGGGGCGAGCUGAAGGCGCUAGCGGCGCACUGCCGGCAGCUGGAGGCGGCGGUCCUGGACGCGGACGUGGCAAUCAACCAGCUCACGGCGCUGAAGGAGAUGCAGAGCAAGGCCGCUGCCCCGGCGCCGGGCACCGCGGGGCGUGCGAAUGGGCGCGCAUCGCCGUCGCGUGGGGCGCUACGCAGCAGCGCUGGCCGCGUCAGCGGGACAGGCGGAUUUCCGGGCAGUCGUGUGUCCACCUCGGGUGGGCGGGCGGUGAGCGAGUCGGGAGCAGUGCAGUCGCGCGGGCGGCUGCGGACGCCGCUGACGGCAGACCCGCCACCGCCACCGACAGCGGGGGUCCGGGGCGGCCGCCUCGCCAAUACCACGCAGCCGGGCGCGGCGCCCAGUAGCCCGCUGCGCUCGCCCAUGACAGGGCGUAAGGGUGGCGCGGGCGGCGCAGAGGUGCUGAAUCUAGGGCCGCCCAGCAGCGCGCCGCAUGGGGCCCUGGUACCCAGUAUGUCGCCUAUGCGGGGACCCAACCACGGCGGCAGCCCACUGCCCAGCCCCUUCGGCCGCAACGCACCAGCCAACGCCGCAGCUGGGGCGCCACCGGGCGCGCGGGGGCCGGUGGGUGGCGGUAUCCUGUCCGGCGCGCCGUCGCCUACGGGUGCACCGGCUACGCCGCCGUCCCCAUCGGCGCGGGCGCUUCUGCGUGAGAUUACGUUGGGCGGGCCACGUGCGCUCAUGCCCAGCAGCACGCUAGUUGUGCGCCAGACGUUCAUCACCAACCAUGACAAGGAUGCGCAUAGUGCGGUAGGCGCGCUGCCGCCCGUCGCGGGGCGGCCGGGUAGCGGGACCCAGAUCCUUGAAGUCUCCUCCUCCAGCUCCAUGCCCGGCACGCCAGCGCACAGCGCCCUGUCAGACGCAGCCGACACCUUCCUGAACACGGACGGCGUCACCUUCUCCGCCAGCGGCGCGCCGCCGCCAGGCAGCCCAAACCUCGCCGCGCACAGGCCGCUGGGGCCCGCGGUGCAGGGCUCCGAGUCAGCGCUCAUGAGUGGGGCCCGCAGCCCAGCGGCGGCGGCGCGCACCUGGGGCGUCAACGUGGACCCGUCGCCGCCGGGCGCGCCGCUGCCCACGUCAGCAGGCCGCCGGCCGCUGGGCGCGCUCGCGCACAGCGGCGGCGGCGCCAGCAGCCCCGGCGGCCCGGUUGGCGCACUGCCAACCUCGGGCUCUGUGUCGGCACCCGUGCCCGCGUCGUUGCUGGCCUCAGUGCCAUCGGCGACGGCGCCCGUGCCGCUGCCCACGGCAAACGGGUCGUCAACGCUACGGCCGCGGCUGUCGGUACCAGGCAUGAACGGCGCGGCGCCGGCGGACUCGGCAGCUGCCUCCCUGGCGCCGGCGCUGCCGUGUCUGAUCCAGGACGGCGAGAAUCUGGACCAGGCACUGGCACGGUUCAAGCUUGCCGCGGAUGACGCGCGUAACGCUCUGGUGGACACAUCGCGCCAAUUCCGCGCCGUCUUGGACCUGUGCAACAGCCACUGGCCCGACCAGCGCUGGUGGCUGGCGGCACACACGCAAGACGAGGCGGCGCUAGACUCUUGGCCAACCUCGGACGAGUUCGUUGUGAACCGGGCUGACGUGGUGCGCUGCCUCAAGGCGGGCGCGGUGGCGUUCCAGUUCAUGUGCUAUGAGGAUGAGCCGGUGACGGGUCCUACCGGCAACCGCUUCGACCUGUGGACCACAGACCCCUGGGAGCUGGCGGCGGACCUGGCGCCGGAGAAGGUCUCUGGCGUGCAGCCCGCGCAGCCGCCGCACCCGCUCGCGCCCAAGCCCGCUGCCAACGGCAGUGCAGCCAACGGCUCCUCCGCCGCAGCUGCAGCAGCCCACAGCGAGCGGCUUGUGGGCAUGCCGCUGGGCGUGCGCAUCCUGCAGCAGCUUGCCAACAGUGUGGCUGAGGCCGCCGGGCCCGUCGCGCUGGAGAACCUGCCCAUUAUCUUGCACGUGUCGGAGCGGCAGCAGGAGGCCAUCGUGGCGGACCUGCUGCAGUACAGCAUAUACCGGCGCCUGCGCAAGAACCUCUACAUAGUUGUGCAGCGCUCGCACCCGGUGAUGCGCUACGACCCGGAGUGCCACGCCUUCGUGCCGGCGGAGGGCGAGCAGCCCACCUACAGCCCCGGCACCGGCUUCUCCAUGCUGCAGCUGGUGUGGGGCGGCCACGCGCUGUUCGUGAACGACGCCGGCGAGCUGGAGCGGCUGCCGCACAGCCUCAUGAAGGAGCUGCGCACGAGGCGGACGGAGUGGUUUGUGUCUCGUACCUGCACCGACCUGGCGCUUCUGCUGGAGGACGGCGCGCUGGACAUGCGCAGCCUGGCCAACGUGUCGUACAUGUGGAACCAGCCGCACAUGCGCUACAGCCUGGCGGUGGAGACGGCGUGCACCUACGUCAACCACCGCAGCAUGAUAGCGCAGCAUGGCAGCGUGCUGCUGUGCCGCAAGCCCAAGGUGCUGGGCAUGGUGAUGGGACGGCUGGACGGCGCCGUGCGCGUGGACCGCUACGGCGGCGGCACCAAGGCGCAGCUGCCGGUUGUGGAGCUGCUCACGUGCGAGCUCAACAGCGCGCACAUGCAGCACGAGCUGGCGGAGGUGGCGUCGGCGCGCUCCACCACCACGUCUGUAGGCCUGGGCAGGUAUGUCUUCCGCUUCGAGGUGCUGGACAAGCUGCUGACCGGCCCCACCGUGCUGCGGCCCAAGCUGCUGCCGGUGGUAGACGCCGCCGUGCAGAAGUCCGCGCUGAAAAGCCCCAUUGAGAUCGCCAACGCAGCCGCGGAGGCGGCGGCAGCGGGUGGACCCACCUCGGCGCCGGCGGCUGCGGCUGCUGCCGCUGCCGCAAACAGCUCCACGGCUAUGGCGCCGUUCUCGCUACCGGGCGGCAUCAGCGAGAGCCUGCUCGCACACGCGGCCUCACAGGGUAUGGACACGGUCAUGCUCCGUCUCCACCUGUCCAUGACGGACCUCACCAUGCACCACGCCAUCAAGGUGGUGGCGCUCAGGGCAAACCGCCCGCCCAUCCUGAUCAAGGGAAAGGAGGACGGCGAGGCGCUGGUGAACCUGUUGUCCAAGUCGGACGUGGACCUCAAGACCGCCACGCAGCGCUUGGCCGCCAAGCUGCCCUCAUUCUCGCGGCAGCAGAAGCCGGGCCAGGACAUCCUGGUGUUCGUGCAGGACAACGGCGUCUCGCUCACCGCCACCAACGUGGCUGCAGGGCUGGCGCGGCGCGAGCGCGGCGACCGCAUCCACUUGGUCACGGUGGUGGCCAGCGAUGCACAGCGUGGCGAGGGUAACGCGCUGCUGGAGCGAAUGAUGAAGGCGUUCCGCACGCAGGCUGACGUGAUGACGCACGUGUUGGACCAGGAGGGCCGCGGGCUGCUGGAAUGUGUGGCGGACGUGGUGCACCAGUACAAGUGCGGCAUACUCGUGGUCGGCUCCGCCUCCAUCACCAGCGCGGCGCCCACACCCGCGCGCGGCGCGCCGCCAUCCACCCCCAACAAGGCGCCCGGCGCUGCCGCGGGCGCGCGUGGCGCUGCGGGCGCCGCUGCAUCGGGCCCGGCGGCGUCCGCCAUGGAUGACGCCGCCAACAGCGAGAUGCUGCUGUCGUCUGUGGCGCUGUCCAUCAUGCGCACCUUCCAGCUGCCCGUCAUUCUGGUCACCGCCAACACGCGCAACUACCUCAAGCGCGGCGGCGAUUCGGCCGUAGUCCCCGGCAAGACGGUGCGGCCGUCCGUGGGCGGCGUGGGCGGCGCUCCCACCAGCAGCCGCCUAGCCUGCAUGGCGGUGGUGGAGCGGCACAGCCGGCCCAUGAUGCACCACCUGGCCAAGCUGCUGCUGGAGCCCAGCCUGCGGCAGGACACGCUGGCGCUGGCGCAGCUGCUGCCGCCCGGCAUGGCCCCAGGCAACAAGGACCACGACCCCACCUGCAUCCAGGCGGUGGCGCUCAAGACGCUGAUGGCCAACUUCGAGACCAUCGCGGCGGCCAACGACUUCCACACGCCCGCCAAGGCGCUGGUGCAGGGCGAGUGGCACAACGCGCUCUGUGCCGCGGCGCGCGACACCGGCAGCCAGCUGCUGGCGCUGCAGCUGGCGCCGGGCACCACGCGCUCACUGUCGCCCAUGCUGCUGCAGCUGGUGCGCUCCUGCCCCUGCCCCGUGCUCGUCUACCCCGAGCGCGUCAUGAUCCCCGGCACUGGGCUGCUGGUGGCGGAGGCCGACGCGCAGUAAGGCGGGCAGCUGGAGGCGCGGAGGAUGCAGGCGCGAGGUUGAUGGUUGCUGAGUGGUGAAGCAAGGGAAGGGUUGUAACGUGCGCAGGGAGUGCACAGCGUGUUGGCGCACAUACUGUGCGUCAAGACAUUUAUGCUCUGGAAGGAGGUGAAGGCUUGCGGCGUCACAUAAUACUGCAAGGGAUGAGACAUAGUGGGAACGGCUCGUAAGCAGCAUCGUAAAGUGAGUGUGGCUCACUGCGAAGGUGGGGGCUUCGUAAUUCUUAUAAGGCUUUCUCCUGUGUGAUCGAGGCACCGUCCCGAAUAACGGUGUGAAGGCAUGCGCGUGCCUACUUGCUGGAAAUAAGGCUUGCCGGCUGUGAAACGUUAUGGAGCAGAAGGCGUCGGCUGGUCAAGACGUGACAGUGCUUGAGGUCUGCAUGGGGGGAUGCUGACUGCAAUACCAAACAUACUUGCCUCAGACUUUUGUGUAAUGGGUGUUGCUGGCGAGUGGUGGCAGGUGGUGGAUUUGUAUACCGGGAAGGCAGCCUUUAGAUACAAUAAAGCCCACACGUGUAGAUCACUCUUGACAAUGCGUCUCAAGAGCCGCAAACGCAAGAAGUUCAGGCCGCGCUGGCGAGUGGUGGAGGCCUGGUCCGUGAUGUGAGGAGCUAGAUAGGUUGAUCCUGUCGUAGCGCCAGCCCUCUUACACCGUCCUGAGUGGUCGUCUGUCCUAGGCGCAAGCUCAACACAUUGUUCGCGUGUCAGGACGCCGCGUUGGCGCGAGCCACGGAUGGCCCUAAUACACCACGGGGCCAUGUCGCACCCGUGGAGGGCACUGUAAUAUGCGAAACAG